AUGCACGGCUACCUAAUUUUAGUUGGGAACAAAGUUAAUACGAUUUCCGAAUUAAGAAAAGCCAUCAACGAUUUGCAUGAAAUAGGUCCUCAAAUCGUGGCAAUAUCAUCAGCAGAAAUAAAUGGAAAACUGACAUCAUUCGUAAGCACGACUACAGAUCACAAAAUGAUAAAACUUGAAAUUUCGAAAUUGCCUAUUUCUUUUACUGGCUCUGGAGACCUCUUUGCUGCCUUAUUUCUUGCUCAUACUUAUUUGCAAGAUAAUAUCAAAAUAGCACUUGAAAAUACCAUAAACUCCCUGGAGGAUGUUCUUUCAAAAACUUAUGAGCGUUUUCAAACAAUAAAGGAUGAUAACGCCCAGAGGGCCAAGAAAGUUGAACUUUGUUUGAUACAAAGUAAAAAAUGUAUAGAAAACCCUUCCCAAAGAUAUCAAGCUACCGAAUUGAAUUAGACAUACUGGACGAAUUGAAGAUAAAUGAAUGUAUGAUUUUUUAUCGAUGUUUUUUAUUGUUGUUUUAAAAAUGAAUUUCGUGCCCUACAUUUUAUGGUGUACAUACAACCGGUUUUAUUGAUGCAGCUCAAUGAAGUUAUUAGAAGAAAAGAUGAUUUAAAAAGUUUUAACAAUUUGAAAUGAAUAUAAGUAAUAUUACAAUGUUAGUUGUUGUAUUUUCUUGAUAUAUCCUUUAUAUUGACAAAAACCGUUAUGCCGACCAAAGCAACGUCUUCCAAGGGCUACUUAGUUCUAAACCAUAUACAAAUAUACCUGUAUAUUAUAUACACGUUUACAUGUAAUUUUUCUGUUAUAUUGCUGGCAAUGUUAUAAA